UUAAGCAAGACCAUAUAACGUGUUUGUCUGCGUGACAUAUUUACAUGCCUAUCACACCCCCUUUAAAAUUUGAAAGCAGUAGAGAAUUCAAAACACGGACACUGUCACGGUGGUUACACUCGGUUGUUCUUCUCGAUCAAUCGCAAGUGAUAUCGUAUCACAAUAAACGAUUCUCUCUUUUACUUCAAAGAUCACAUGGCAAAAAAGUAUGAAGGAUGUGCGGUGGGAAUAGAUCUUGGAACAACAUAUUCUUGUGUUGCUGUGUGGCUUGAUGAACACAAUAGAGCGGAGAUAAUACACAAUGAACAAGGAAAUAGAACUACACCUUCAUUUGUUGCUUUCACUGAUGAUCAAAGGUUGAUUGGUGAUGCUGCUAAGAAUCAGGUUGCCACCAACGCAGAAAACACCGUCUUUGAUGCUAAGAGAUUGAUUGGCAGGAAGUAUAGUGAUUCUGUUGUUCAAAAAGAUAGGAUGUUGUGGCCAUUCAAGGUCAUUUCAGGUGUCAAUGACAAACCUAUGAUUGUUGUUAAGUAUAAAGGUCAGGAGAAACUUCUAUGUGCCGAGGAAAUUUCAUCUAUGAUCCUCACAAAAAUGCGGGAGAUUGCAGAGAAAUUUCUGGAGUCUCCAAUAAAGAAUGUAGUUGUUACAGUGCCGGCUUAUUUUUGUGAUGCUCAGCGAAAAGCUACAGUAGAUGCUGGUGCCAUUGCUGGUCUUAAUGUUAUACGGAUCAUCAAUGAACCAACUGCUGCUGCUCUUGCAUAUGGACUUGAUAAGAGAUCUAACUGUGUUGGAGAAAAAAAUAUUUUUGUUUUUGACCUUGGUGGUGGCACUUUUGAUGUGUCCAUCUUAACAAUCAAGGAUAAGGUCUUCCAAGUUAAAGCCACGGGCGGAAACACUCACCUCGGAGGAGAGGACAUUGAUAACCGGAUGGUGAACUACUUUGUAGACGAGUUUAAGAGGAAGAACAAAGUGGAUAUUACUGGGAACCCUAGGGCUUUGAGGAGGUUGAGAACUGCUUGUGAAAGGGCAAAAAGGGUACUCUCUUUUUCUGUUGUCACCACGGUUGAGGUAGACUCUUUAUUCCAAGGUAUUGACUUCUUUUCUUCCAUUACUCGUGCCAAGUUUGAGGAAAUCAAUAUGGACAUUUUUAACGAGUGUAUGGAGAUCGUCAAGAGUUGUCUUACAGAUGCUAACAUGGACAAGAGUACUGUAAAUGACGUUGUUCUUGUUGGUGGGUCUUCUAGGAUUCCCAAAGUGCAGCAACUAUUGCAGGAAUAUUUCAACGGAAAGGAUUUAUGCAUGAGCAUCAACCCUGAUGAGGCAGUUGCUUAUGGAGCCGCUGUACAGGCUGCUUUGUUGAGUGAAGGCUUUCAAAAUGUUCCAAACUUGGUGCUCCGUGAUGUUACACCAUUGUCUCUUGGUUUGUCAGCAACGGGAGAUAUCAUGAAUGUGGUGAUUCCUAGGAACACUUGCAUUCCCGUCAAGAUUACCCAAAGUCGUGAAACAGUUGCAGAUAAUCAACCUGACGUCUUGAUUGAGGUUUAUGAGGGUGAAAGAACUAGAGCCAGUGAUAACAAUCUGCUCGGUUCUUUUACUCUUUCAGGUAUUCCUCCUUCACCUCGCGGCUAUAGUUUCAAUGUAUGUUUUGCUAUAGAUGAAAAUGGUAUUUUGACUGUUUCUGCUACGGAUAAAUCCACUGGCAAUAUGAAUGAGAUUACCAUAACAAAUUACAAAGAAAGGUUGCCUGCUGAUGAAAUUAAAAAAUUGAUUGAAGAAGCCAAGAACUACGGUAUUGAAGAUAAGAAAUUCCUAAAGAAGGCUAAAGUAAUGAAUGCUUUAGAUUACUGUGUUUACAAGGUGAAGAAUGCUUUAAAGCAACCAGAGCCUAAUUCAAAGCUUUCGUCUGUAGAUAUCGACAUGAUCAAUUCUGCAAUUACGGUAGCCUCAAACUUGCUUGAUAGUAGCCAGCAGGUUGAAAUUGGUGUUCUUAAGAGUCAUCUGAAGGAGCUUGAGAGUAUGCUCGAACGCAUUAUUACAGACAAGAAGGAAUAGCUUUCAUUUUUUAGAUUAUAUCCACAGUUAGUUGAUGUUCUGUAAGUGUUGACUGAAAACUGUACUAUGAUUAUCAAACAAUUGAGGUUUGAUAGUUUUUGCUUGUUUUCCCUACAAGUUAACCACAAGGUACCUUUAUCUCAUUGAAUUAUCUUUAUCUUUCUAGAUUAUAUCUAUAGUUAGUUGAAAAUUUCCUAAAAAAAUGACAAAGUCCGUGUUCACCAAAUGAGAAAUGCUUCGAAGGAGAAUACUUUUCUAAAGCUAUCCUCACAAGAAUAUCAUAACACCAAUACUGCAAUUACAUAUUUGCUUGAUGAGAAUAACAAGCAAGAUGAAAUCGAUGCUGUUGAGGAUCAUCUGAAAGAGCUGGAGAGUAUGUUUGAACUAAUUAAAUAGUCAAAAUUCAAACCUAAGUAGUUUUAUUUUUCUGUUAAAAUUUUAUGUUUUGUUUUCCUUUCAAUUGUUCUUGUAGACUUGUAAAUUGUAUGCAUAAAAGCAUAAACUCACCCCUCUUUUAACUGUUUUUGUUAAUCUGUAGAUUAAUAGGGCUAUUUUACAAGCUUCAUUGGCUUAUUGCAUUGAGUGGAGUUAUAAAUGUUCAUGGUAAUUCAUGGUAAUUCAUGUUAAUCUGGAAGAUAUUGUGAUUUUUA